UCUCCUCUCUCCCUCUUUCUCUCUUUCUUUCUUUCCUCCUCUCUCUUUCUCCCCCAGUCGAUCUUCUUCUCCCUUUCAAACAAGAUCAGUAAGAAGAAGAAGGGGUGGAGGGAGAGAGAACAUCUUUAUUAAAAAAAAGAAAGAAGCAAACAAAUCACAGACAGCCUUAAGAGAGAAGGGGACCAAAAAAAAAAAGAAAAAAAACUUUAGAUUAGAGUAUUGUUAUUUACAUAUCCUGUCUUUCUAACCCUUUGUUGCAGAGUGGUAGCAAACACAUUGGAAGAAAAAGAAGGUAAAAAUGAGUGGCUACGGCCACCUUGACCCAGAGAAGAAGGGCAGCGGCACCGCUGCUCGGAAGAUCAUGGCCACUGCCAUCUUCGGCAUCGCCAUCGUCGCUGUCGUGAUCGCCGUUGCUUUUGUAGAAGUAAGGAAGAACCCAGCACGUGUAAUGGGCCAGCCACCUCAGGAUGAAGACAGCCUCAGCCCCAAGAUGGAACUGAUCACUACCAUCUGCGCACCAACGGACUACAAGGACACCUGCACCUCCUUCCUCUCCAAUGCCGUGAACGAGACGGCGAAGCCGAAGGACGCCAUCGAGGCAGCAGUGAAGGUGACGAUCGAUGAGGUGACGAAGGCGUUGAACGUCUCCCACAACCUCGCCGCCUCCGGCAACCGCACCUACGACGGCAUGACCCGGCAGGCGCUGGAGGACUGCAAGGAAUUGCUGCAGUUCGCGACGCAUGAGCUCCACUACACCUUCUCGGACGUUUCCCAGAACGAGUUGAAGGACCUGCCGAAACGAACGGCGGACCUCAGGAACUGGCUGAGCGCGGUCAUCUCCUACCAGGUGACCUGCGUCGACGGCCUGAACGACACCAAUGCGAAGACCGCCAUGCAGAAGGCGCUCAAAGCCUCGUCCGAGCUCACCAGCAAUGCCCUUGCCAUUAUCACGGAGCUGUCCACGAUUUUUUCUGCCUUCCCCAUCGAGCUCAAGCAUGAUCGCCUGCUUACGGAAGCGGAAACAAACGAGGAGCUCAGGAAGGAAGGGUACCCCGAGUGGCUGUCGGCGGAGGACCGCCGGCUGCUGGGGGAGCUCCGCCGAACCAAUAGGCCGAGGCCGCAUGCGGUGGUGGCGAAGGACGGCAGCGGAAAGUUCACAACCAUCACGGCCGCGCUGGAGGCCAUGCCCAAGACCUAUAUGGGGAGGUACGUCAUCUACGUGAAGGCUGGGAUCUAUGACGAGCAUGUCAUAGUGGACGAGCAGAAGGUGAACGUAUUCAUGUAUGGCGAUGGCCCCAGGAAGACCAUCGUCACCGGCCGGAAGAACAACGUCGACGGCGUCCCCACCUACGGCACCGCCAGCUUCACUGCAAUCGCGGACGGCUUCAUGGCGCAUGCAAUGGGCUUCCGCAACACAGCCGGCGCUGCUAAGCACCAAGCAGUCGCCCUCCGCAUCCAAUCGGACCAUGCCGUCCUCUAUAACUGCCGCAUGGAUGGGUACCAAGACACGCUCUACGCCCAAACUCACCGGCAGCUGUACAGGAACUGUGUCAUCUCCGGCACCGUCGACUUCAUCUUCGGCAACUCCGCCGCCGUCUUCCAGAACUGCCUGAUCGUAGUGAGGCGGCCGUUGAACGGCCAGGAGAACACUAUCACCGCCCAUGGAAGAACGGAUAAGAGGGAGGGCACGUCCUUCGUCAUUCAAAACUGCAGGAUCGUCCCCGAUGCCCGGCUCUACCCUGUGCGAUUCCAAAUCCGCAGCUACUUGGGGAGGCCAUGGAAGGAGUACGCCAGCACCGUGGUCAUGGAGUCCACCAUCGGCGACCUCAUCCAGCCCGCUGGGUGGCUGCCAUGGGACGGAGACUUCGCUCUCAAGACUCUCUACUACGCUGAGUACAACAACAGGGGGCCUGGAGCUCAGACUUCGCAGAGGGUCAAGUGGCCUGGCUUCCAUGUGCUCACCAGCAGGAAGGAGGUCCUUCAGUACACCAUCGGACCCUUCCUUGAUGGCACCAAGUGGCUUCCUGGCGCUGGGAUUCCCUACCAUGAUGGCUUGUUUCAUUGAGAUUUGAAAUUUGGAAAGCAAGGAUUGAGAUGGGAGAUACGUCUUUUGCUGUCUUUGGAUCAAUUGGUUGCCUGUGAUUGAUUUUAUGUAAUUGAUAUGAGAUUGAGAAGCAAAAUAUAAGUUUAUCUUACAAGCAAUACCAGAGGAUCAAUUAGAGAAAUAAUUGUAUGACUACACCACUUAAUCACAUUACAUUCU